GAGAACAGACAGCAUACAACAGAUGAACAUGGCUCAUAACUUUACAACUGAUUCUGUGGUGAAGAACACAGCUGAGGCUGUUAUUGUUCCACUGAAAGAUGGUGUUUCCUCCCUGAACAGAGUCUAUGAGGCUCUCAUUAAAGCAGAUGUAGAUCCUGUUACUGGUAAAUGUUCUAACUAUAACUACAUCAGAGAGCAGAUAGUGCAGGCUCAUCAGCACCUGGAGCAGUCAGAACAGAUGGCCAGUUCAGGGUUAAAGAGUCUGGAUGAAAACUUAGCGAGACUUAUACAGGACGAGGGGAAACUGGAACAAGAGAUGAAUGCUACAAAACAAACCUUAGACAACUUGAGAACUGUGCAGGGAUCUAAUGAACAAUUACUCCGACAAUCUCAAGGAGCUUUGGAGCAGGCCAGGAGAAACCUAAACUCAACAAAACGCACACUUCAGGAUCAGGAAGACAGGAAGAAAAAAGCUAAAAUCGUCACUGGGGUUGGGGCGGGACUGUUUGCUAUACCAGUCAUUGGAUGGAUUGCAGGUUCUGGUAUGUUGAUUGGUGGUGCAGUUGAACUGCAACAAGCAGAACAUGCUGUCAGGGUAGCUGAAGAUGAGGUGAGAAAGUCUGAUAAUGAAGUGAGAAAAUAUGAACAUAAAGUAUCUGACUAUGAGUCUAAGAUCUUCCAGACCAGAUGUGAUAUCAACCAAAAAGAUGAAAAGCUGAAGCAGACACGUGAAGGCAUCCAGAAGUUCAAGAAGCAGAUUGAGGUUAUCGCUGAAUUCCAGAAGAAAGCAAGAAAUGCUGUUCAGCUCCUGGGUGUGCUGAGAGGGAGAGCCAGUGUGGCUGAACAUCAGACUCGUAGAUUCAUCCUUCAGGAGCCUGUGAUGAAGGUGAUGGAGGAUGUGAUGAAGGCAACAAAUGAUAUCACAGGCAAUGAUCUUCUGUACAACAAAGGCAUGUUGCAACUCAUUGAGCAGAUGAAGGAGAACAACCGACACCUGGCAGCCAUCUGUGCUGCAGAAAACAACCCUCACAACUACUAGUGAUGGGCAUUUAUUGUCAAUUACACAUUUUAGGAAGAUAAGAUAAGAUAAGAUAAGAUAAGAUAAGAUAAAAGAGAAAAAUUAGACUUUAAAUGUAUGUGUGUUAGUGUGCUCAACCCAUAUGUUCUUUACCCCUUACCAAAAUCCCAAAUCAUUUUUUUUUAGCAAUUAUAAUCAUUAACAAUACAGAUUUUAAAUAGAGACACAGAAUCUAUUCUUAGGGUUUUUCUUUUUUUAUGUUUUAAAUGUGUUGGUGUUCUCUUGAUCCUAAAAGUGAUUCUUUCUCAGUUUGUAAUCACCCACUGAAAAAUACUCUGCUGUAUUAUCUCUUUAAACAAUUAAA